CCCUGUUUCGGUUGCUAUGGAAGAGAGACGGUCCGUGGCAACGCUUUACGCUCCUAACCGAGAGAGAGAGCGAGUAACGCGAGACGGGUUUGAUCUCAGAUAGAAAGAGAGAGAGAGAGAAAAGAGAGAAACAGACAGAAUGAAUCGAGCACUGCUGGAAACUUUACGAUCACAUCUCUAAGGGUUUUGUGUGGGAUUUGGAUCUGCGCGUUUCACACAGACGGAAGUUAUCACAGUUCGGCAUCAUCGGUUCGGUUCACAUUGCCGCCGGCCAGGUCACCACGAGAGCACGAGCCCGGGAUCAGCUGCCGGGACGAAAGCCGCGUGCACGCGAGAACACGGCUCAACGGCAGCAGCAGCGUUCACACAUCUGCAUCUGCAACUGCAGACUGUUACUGAAAAGUUUAUGACUUUACUGUAAGUCCAUAAAGUCUACAUUUUAACCAAUAAUAUUAUAUUUUUCAACAAAUAGGAAACUACGACGAGAGGACAUAUUUAGCAGCUGCUUUGACAACCAUUUACUGUACAUUUUUAUAUUUUUAAGUGGCUUAGAAACGAGCGAACAUUUAACAUUUUAUUUAAUGAGUCAUUUGUGAACUGUUAUAAGUAAACUUUACAAAAAUAUACACUGUGUUUACACUACAGUGACAAAAUUAAGAAUUAUUUCUGUUACAGUUCAAACUAUUUGUACAACUACUACUACUAUUACUACUACUACUAUUACUACUAUUACUAUUAUUAUUACUACCUGUUCCACAGUUUAUAAUUUUUUAUUCAUAAAGAAAAAGUGUUUCUUAACUGGAUAAAGCUACACAUAGCUUCACAAUGGCUCUUUGCUGGUGUCAUUGCUGUGUUUGCUGACAUUGGACAUUGCCGCAUCGGAACCGUAAGGAAGUCGCCUGUGGUUGCAGCACCAUGCGUCGCUUUACUGGCACUGUCACUGCUGGGUCAAUCUUACUGAGUGAAACUGACACGGGAAGGGGGGGCGAGCCCCACAAACCGCCUCACCCUCUUACCCCGUCCUGAAAAACACACUCAGGACACACACAGACAGACGCCGGGCCAGCCGGCCAAAGGUAUGGGCAACUCCUCUCGAAAACAGGAUGAAGGAGAAGAGGAAAAGAUGGAAAAAGAAAAGGGAGAUGGAGAGGAAGAAGCCGAGGAAGAAGCAGAGGAGGAAGAAGAGGAAAUCGUUGAGGAUGAUGAGCUGCCUCUCGGGGUCGACGAGCUUUUGGCGAGCGGAGACCCGGUGCUGGACCUGAGCUACUACAAGUUUCGCCGCCUUCCUCGAAGAGUUCUGGAACUGCAGUACCUGGAAAAACUCUACGUCUGUGGAAAUCGUCUCCGAGACGUUCCCAAGGGCAUCGCGCGGCUGCAGGGCUUGCGCACACUAGCACUCGACUUCAAUAAGAUUCCUGACGUUCCUUUGUCGGUGUGCCAGCUGGCCAACCUCACGUGUCUCUACCUGGGCAGCAACAGGUUGAUGAGCCUGCCUCCAGAAAUGAGGAACCUACGAGGCUUGCGCUGUCUCUGGGUGGAGAGCAACUACUUCCAGUGCUUUCCCAAGCAGUUGUAUGACCUGCCCCACCUGCGCUCCUUACAGAUUGGGGACAACCGCCUUCGCACGCUGCCCUCUGACCUGUGGCGCAUGGAGUCCCUGAGGCGUCUCUGGCUGUAUGGAAACCGCUUUCAGGAGUUUCCACGUGUGCUCCUCAAGAUGGAACAGCUGGAGAUUUUGGACAUGGACCGUAAUAAGAUAUCGGAGUUCCCGAACUUGCACCACCUCCCCGCACUGCGACUCUUCUCCUACGACCACAACCCGGUGAAGGAGCCGCCACGUGUAGGGAAGGAGGUGUUAAUUGUCGGGGAGGGGGCCGAGGAGGUCCUUCAAGCCAGAGAGAGAAGGAGAGAUGCGAAGGAACGAGCAGAAAAGGAGGCUGAGGAAGCGGCGGCCGCGGCUGCAGCGGCGGCCAAUCCGGUCAUUCACGGAAUACUCAAGAAACUUAGAAUGAACUCCGCCCUUAAUUUGGCAGCAGCUAAGGAGAAAGAAACUAGUGGGACUGUGGAUGAGGAUGGACUGCAAUGUAACGAUGAAGAGGGCGAGCUUGAGAGAGAAGAUGAGAUUGAGUAUGAGGAGGAGGAGGAGGGACUGGAGUAUGAAAGGGAGGAGCUAAUAUGUGAAGGGGAGGGGUUUGAUGAGUACGAAGGGGGGUGGUUAGAGUAUGAACGAGCAGAAAUUAACUAUGAAUAUGAAGGGGAGGAGCAAGAAGAAUAUGUGCAAGAGGUUGUAGCUUGAUAUUUGCACCUCUUGCAUGGGUUUCAAAGUAAUGACAUUUCUGUGCCUCUAGCAGAAUAAAAAAUUGCAAUCUUUACUAUUUGCGAGCUUGGGGUCGAAAUACCUGUUUGUUGAACAAUGGCAGACCUGAGAAUUGUUUGAAACUUUUAACUCUUUCCCCGCCAUUGACAAGUUAUCUCGUCAAUUUAGAGAAAACGCUUUCCUGACAAGUUAUUAUGGCAAACCUUAUUUCCGCUAUUAUCCACAAGGUGGCAGUCUUACCAAACUUAAAGCAUCCACUGAUCCAAAAACAGUAAAAACUCUGUGUAUGUUUUGAUUAUCUUUCUGAAUCUGAUCUCUAACCAGAGUUUUUCCCGUUUAUUUGAUAUACUGUAUGUUUAUAUAUUUAUAGAAGAACAUUUUCUGAAAGCCAUUAAACUUUUGUGAAAAUCAAAAAAUGCAGGCACUGGCUGACAAUUUUUUUUAAACGCUGGCGGGGAAAGAGUUAAAAAUAUUUUUGUGCACACAAGGGUUGCAGGUUCAAUCCCACGAGAUGUGAUGAUGGCACUUAACAUCUUACCUCAAGCUACGUCUUGAGGAGAUGAAAGCAGCGUGAUGUUUUUCUAAUAAACAGCAUCUGCUGGAUAAUAUUAGUGAGAGAAUAUGAAGGAAGCGUUUAGUUGUAAGCACUUAAUUCAUAACAUGACAUGUUUUGCUUAUAAAUUUGGCUAUUGUGCAUUUGAAUGACCACUUUUCUAAUGCAUAAGUUAUGAAAGUGUUGCUAUUAUUAAAAGUACUUUGCAGGCCGGUCCAUUGCUGCAAUCUUUUGGGUUUAAAAACUCAACUGUGAAGAACCUGUGAAACUGCACAAGUUUUAUGCAUCAAAACUAUGUUAAUGUGUGGUGUGUGUUUAUCAUUUUCGUGCAGACUCAGUUUGGUUUGUAAGUGUACAGCUCUGCUCAGACUCCGGUGUUCUGUUUAUAAGAAACUUGAUAGUGCGAUUGCAGCGAUGUGUGUUGGUGAAACCAAAUAUUGUCUUAUUAAAUAACCAUGAAGUUUUCUAAACAUGUUUCAAUGAUUCAUGUCUUGUGAAGAUCUGAUACCGGCCAUUAUACUGUAGCACAUUUCAGACUAUCUUAUAUUGGUGCGUGUCAACCAAAUGGUCUAAGAUUCAGUCCUUAGUGUUUCCCACAAUGUUUCUGACUUUAUUGAAAAUGUCACAUGCAAAUUUUCAAUACAUCGCUUGGCACAGACCACACUCAGUACGGUUUUAAACUCCAAAUCAACUAUGAGAGUUUUAAGUUUCCAUUUUGAAUUCUGCUGGUGAGAGACUUCUGUUAUGAUGGGAGACAGAUGGGAAGAAUGAGCCAAACAUAGCACUAACUAAGCAAACCAUCUCUCUCUUUCUUUCUCUCUCUCUCUCUCUCCUGUCUUCUGCUCAAUGGGGGCCUGAGAUUUAUUUAGGGACACAUUGAGGGAUUAUACAGUCUUGAAAUAAGGCUGUGACGUUUGGGAGGUUUUUAAACCAUUGCACAAAACUAGACACUGAAAUUGGUCUAUGCUGAUUUGUUUUGACAGGUGCUUCACAAUGUGUUAAUACAGUAUUUUAGUGGUAAAUUUGUACUUUUUUUGUUCUACAAACAUAAACGAAGGAAUGAGU